GUUGUUGUAGCACAUUAGAGAGAUGAUAUUGAUAGGGAAGUUGCAGCAGUGGUUAGAUCUUGAUCUUGAACAAGAUGGAGGUUACAUUAAUGAAAACGUGAUACCAUUGUCUUGUGGAUAUCUGUCACUGUAGAGCCAGUACCACCCUAGCUUCAAUGCAUUUUCACCAAUAUAGUAAUCUCUCAACACCAGGGACACUAGCUUUGGUUCAACGUUUUACAUUUACCGACAAAAAGUCACCAAAAUUCUCUGCUUACUUAUUGAAAAUUUUAAGGUCUAAAUUCAUUCCUGCUUGAUGAAAUGAUGUAGUUGAAUUGAAUACCAAGCUUCUGUAGAGAAAUUCUACACGGUCUUUAUAGUUUCCGAUGGAUCGGCGCUGGCCAUGGAAGAAAAAAUCGUCUGAUAAGGCUGUGCCUGAGAAAGUAGCUGUUGCAUUGGACUCCUCUGAAGCUUCCAACCAGGAUAGCAGCAAGAAACCAAACUAUGUCCAAAUCUCUGUGGAAUCCUAUUCACACCUCACAGGUUUGGAGGAUCAAGUGAAGACAUAUGAGGAAAAAGUUCAGAAGCUUGAGGAUGAGAUGCAGGAAAUGAAUGAAAAGCUUUCAGCGGCUAACUCUGAGAUUGAAACCAAGGAAGGCAUGGUAAAACAACAUGCUAAAGUAGCUGAAGAAGCUGUCUCAGGCUGGGAAAAGGCUGAAGCUGAAGCUUUGGCAUUGAAGAACCAUCUCGAAUCUGUCACUCUUUUGAAACUCACUGCUGAGGACCGUGCAUCGCAUUUAGAUGGUGCUCUUAAAGAGUGUAUGCGGCAGAUACGGAACCUUAAGGAAGAACAUGAACAGAAUAUACAGGAAGUUUCUCUCUCGAAAACCAAGCAAUUAGACAAGAUCAAGGGGGAACUUGAGGCUAAGAUAGUUAACUUUGAACAGGAACUCCUUAGGUCUGCUGCUGAAAAUGGGUCUUUGUCAAGAUCCUUGCAGGAGCGCUCUAACAUGAUAGUCCAAUUAAGAGAAGAAAAAGCUCAGGCUGAGGCGGAAAUUGAGCAUCUUAAGAGCAACAUGGAAUCGUGUGAAAGAGAAAUUAAUUCACUUAAAUAUGAACUUCAUGUUAUUUCCAAAGAACUGGAAAUUCGCAAUGAAGAAAAAAACAUGAGUAUGAGGUCUGCAGAAGCUGCUAACAAGCAGCAAAUGGAGGGCGUGAAAAAAAUUGCCAAGUUAGAAGCUGAGUGCCAAAGAUUACGUGGUCUAGUGCGGAAGAAGUUACCUGGUCCUGCUGCACUUGCACAGAUGAAGCUAGAAGUUGAAAGUCUUGGCCGAGAUCAUGGAGAAAGUCGAUCAAGGAAGUCUCCUGCGAGGCCUGCUUCCCCUAAUUUCUCUCCAUUACCUGAGUUCUCUUUGGAGAAUAUACAGAAAUUCCAGAAGGAGAAUGAAUUUCUUACAGAUCGUUUAUUGGCAAUGGAAGAAGAAAUGAAGAUGCUGAAAGAAGCUUUGGCUAAACGCAACAGUGAAUUGCAGGCCUCUAGGAGUAUGUGUGCUAAAACACUGAGCAAGCUUCAAAGUUUGGAACUUCAGACAAGUAACCAACAGAAGGGAUCCCCAAAAUCCAUCAUGCAAAUUACCCAUGAAAACAUUUUUAGUCAAAACGCAAGCAACGCACCAAGCUUGGUCUCCAUAUCUGAAGAUGGAAAUGAUGAUGCAGGAAGUUGUGUCGAGUCUUGGUCUACUGCAAUAACAUCUGGGAUAUCCCAAUUUCCUAAAGAAAACUUCACUGAGGAAUCAAGCAAAUCUGAAUCCAUUAAGAAGUUGGAACUAAUGGACGACUUUCUAGAGGUGGAGAAAUUUGCUCGCUUAUCAAAUGAUUCCAAUGUACAUGCCACUAUUUUAGUAUCUUCAGAUACUAAGACAGAUGACAUUGUGACCAAUGAUGUAUCAGAAGUCGGUACUGACAAAGAUGGUCUUUCUGAAAAGAAUGACAACUCAAAUCCAUUGCCAAAUCAAGUGUCUUCUGGUGCUUUGAUGUCAGCACCUGGUCCCCAAUCUGAUGUUGGUGGUUUGUUAUUAACAGAGCUCAGAUCAAGAAUAUUACUGGUUUUUGAGUCCAUUGCUAAGGAUGCUGAUAUAGGGAAGAUUGUGGAGGAUAUUAAACAUGUGCUAGAAGAUUCACAUGACACAUGUGAUAGGCAGGACAAUCCUGAAGAUGCUGGUCUGAACCUUGAAAAAGAAACCAUUUUAUCCCAGCAACCCAAAGAAUAUGUGCAGAUAACUUCUGAUUUGGAAGCUGCAAUUUCACAUAUUCAUGAUUUUGUUUUGUUCCUCGGCAAAGAAGCAAUGGCUCUUCAUGACAUAUCUUCUGAUGGAAAAGAAAUGAGCCAAAAGAUUGAGGACUUUUCUGUCACCUUUAAUAAAGUUUUAUGCAAAAAUGCAAGUCUGUUGCAAUUUGUUCUUGACCUGUCUUACGUUUUAGCUAAAGCAAGCGAAUUCCGAUUUGAUGUCCUUGGCUAUAAACGUACAGAAGCUGAAACUAACAGUCCUGAUUGCAUAGAUAAGAUUGCUUUGCCUGAAAAUAAGUUAGUUCAAGACACUUCAUCUGGAGAAAGAUAUCAAAAUGGUUGUUCACAUGUUCUUAAUCUCUGUUCUGAUCCUGAGGUUCCUGAUGACGGAAAUUUGGUCUCGGGCUAUCAAGCGAACGCUGCAUCACAGAAGCUCUCAAUGGAAGAAUUUGAAGAAAUGAAGCUUGAGAAAGAGAAAGCAGUAAAUGAUCUGUCAAACUGUACUGUGAAUCUUGAAAUGACGAAGUCUCAAUUGCAAGAAACUGAGCAACUUCUGGAAGAAGUGAAGUCACAGCUCGCUUCUGCUCAAAGGUCGAACAGCUUGACUGAGACACAACUAAAGUGCAUGGCAGAGUCUUACGAGUCACUCGAAACACGUGCCCUGGAGUUUGAAACUGAGCUAAACCGGCUGCAAAUUAAGAUUGAAACUCUGGAGAAUAAGCUUCAAGAUGAAAAGAGGGCUCAUGAAGCUGCUUUGGCCAAGAGCAAGGAGCUAGAAGAACAGUUACUAAGGUUUGAGAGCUCAUCAGCUGAUAAUGACCUCAAGACUCCGCAGGAGAGAGAUUUGGCUGCGGCUGCUGAAAAGCUAGCCGAGUGUCAGCAAACUAUAUUUCUUCUGGGCAAGCAGUUAAAUACUCUCUGUCCUCAAUCUGAGCCAACUGAAUCUCCUCACAGUAAUAUUAAUCCCAAGUUUGAAGGCUCAAGAGUGGAAGAACCUGCUACUAGUAGCCCAAAUUUUCAAAAUUUUGGUCAGUUGGAGAUGAACAAUACUGCUACUGCAUUUGUGAAAAGACCAGGUUCUGAGUCCCCUUUGCAGUUUUCCAAUAGUUUGUUUAGCCCAUCGGAUAACGAUUCACACCUUCCAGCAAGAUCUCCAGUGCAGCAUUCAAAAUCAAAACCAAAACACAGGCCUUCCAAAUCAGCCUCUUCUUCAGCUUCUUCCGCCACUACCCCGGAGAAACAAGCACGAGGAUUCAGCAGAUUCUUUUCACCAAAAGGAAAACAUGUUCAUUGAGCUUGCAGCUCCCAGGCUCUAUAUGAUAAUUCAUAGUUAGUUUUUUUGGGGAGGUUUGUGUAGUUUAACUAGGGAAUGCCAUGAGUGUCAGGUUAUUCUUGUAUGUAAUGGUUGUACAUGGUAACUAUAUGUUGUUUGUUUUCUUCUUUUCCUUUUCACUUUUUGCUGUGUAAGGCAAACAAUGACAUGUUGUAUUUUACAAACCUAUCCAUACCUUAAUUCUUUACUAGCAGGAAUGAAUACAGAUUGUUCAA